UUUCUUUCGACACAUUCAGCUCUGCACCUGAUCUGAUCACACCCAUUGACCCCUUGGAUGCGGCUGAAGACGAUGAUGAUUUUGGAGACUUCGUGGCAUCGCCAAAUCCAGAUAUGGGUACAUUCGACAGCCCGAAGGUUGAAGCAAGCAGACCAUCGACGACAGAAAUGCUACAAUUCCUCUUGGACAAUGUUCUCAUCGUUCCUGAAGGCUUCUUGAAGGCUCUUGGACCGCUAUCCUAUCCACUGCGGCAAAAAGUACUGCACAAUGAGCGCACUAAAGCCUGGGUCCAGGCGAUGAGCGAUGCUGGCGCUCUCUGCCAGCGAAUCAUUCGAGGCAGGCACCAUGCCACACGUUCAUCGCAGGAAGAGGUGUCUGAAACUACGCUAGUCCGACAGACUAUAGCAAGAUGGACAACUCUGUUGCCAAGAUUGAAGUCACUCAGCGCUGGACAACAUGCAGACCUGCGACCACUAGAGGAUGUCAAGAUGAAGGACUUGGACGACGCAGAAAAACGAUGCAGCAUAUGCCUGACAGGUAUUUCGAAGUCAGAGACUCACGCUGCCUGUUUUGGUUUGCAGAGGCAGAUGGCCCUUUCACAAAGCAGGUGAGGAUAUGUGUGGUCCUCCACCGACUUCUGGCUCAGUAGCGUGUAUGUGAAGCAAGCAAAAGGAAGCCACUGACUAUUGAGACGCGCUUCGUUGACCGCGCUGCCCAGGGACAAUGCCUUCAGAUGGCCAGUUGGAAGGUAUUCGCAAAAGGUAAAUGUGGUGGAUCUGGGACAUCUUUGCUUGUCAAGGGUACAGUACC